AUGCCUUUACCCAGAAUUUUGAGUGAAGAGGAUAAUUUACCUCCUGAGGAGGGUCCAUUUGAUGAAGAAGCUCCUCUACUAACAUCGCCAUCACCGGCGAAAUCCUCUAAACAUGUACUCACUUCAGCCCUUAUGCUAUUAGUUUUUUGCUUUCUCAUAACAACAGUAGCCUUUGCAGCUUUAUAUUUCCAUUUGAGAGCAGAUACUGCUCGAUUACCGAAGUGGCCGAAACCAUCUUUAAGUCCUUUAGGAAAAUAUUCCAAAGCAGCCGUUGCUGCAGACAAUGAAAUUUGCUCAACUGUAGGAAGAAACACUUUAUUACGUGGAGGAAAUGCUGUGGAUGCAGCUAUUUCUACUUUGAUUUGUAUAGGAGUGAUGGAUACACAUUCAUCUGGAAUAGGUGGAGGUCACUUUAUGACUAUAUUCAAUGGGACUACCGAGGAAUGUAUUGUAAUUGAUGCUCGAGAAGUGGCUCCAUUAGCUGCAACUGAGGAUAUGUUCAAAGGACGAUGGAAUGAGAGUCGUUUAGGUUGGAAAGCCGUUGCGGUUCCAGGAGAACUGCAUGGUAUUUGGACAGCUUUCGUUAAAUAUGGAAGUCGAAAAGUUACUUGGUCAAGUCUUGUAGAGCCUACGAUCGAGCUUCUGCAGGAAGGUUACCCCACCUCUCAUGCUCUUGCAAAAGCUCUAUCAGAGAAUGAAAAUGUUAUUCGUAAUGAACCCACCAUGUUCGAGUAUAUCAAUCCUCAAACAAAGAAAGUGUUCACUGUUGGUCAACAAAUCAAAACGAGAGUGAGCUUCCUUAAGACUUUGCAAGUGUUGGCCAAUUCCACUAACCCUGUGAAAGAGUUCUAUGAAGGUGAUUUAGCUGAGAAGAUGGUUGCCGAAUUUAAAAAGAAUGGUGGAAUAAUAACAUUGGAAGACUUCAAAUCGUACAAGUCCAAGAUCAUAGAAAACAAGGAUGUGAUUCAUACAAAUCUGAGAAAUUCUAGGAGGAUUUGUGGUGCUCCACCACCAGCUGGAUCUGCAGUUGCUCAAGCUAUAUUAUCUGUAAUGGAUGGUUAUGAGUACAACACAAAAUCGUUCGACGAAAUUGUUCAGUUUUAUCAUCAUUUCCUGGAAUCUUCGAAGUUUGCUUAUGCCGGACGUAGUUGGCUUGGAGAUCCUAAUUUCGUUGCGAAUGCAACUGAUAUUGCUCACAAUAUAACGUCGAGCGAGUGGGCUGACUGGGUUCGUAGUAUGAUAACAGACAAGACUCAUCCAGAUUUCUACUAUGGUGGCUCUUUUGAAGCUGCACCGGAAGACCAUGGAACAACCCAUAUUAGCAUCUUUGAUGACUACGGAAAUGCCGUGUCCGUCACUUCCACCAUCAAUUUGCACAUGGGGGCCAUGGUAACUAGUUUAUCGACCGGAGUACUUUGGAAUAAUGAAAUGGAUGAUUUUUCAACUCCUGGUCACGCAAAUUUCUUCGGAUUUCCUCCAUCUCCAGCCAACUUCAUCCGGCCCGGAAAACGUCCGAUGAGCAGUCAGAGUCCACUCGUUGUUUUACAAACUAAUAAGAAAAAUCAAACUAAACCCAUUCUGGCAGUUGGGGGAGCUGGAGGAUCCACAAUCAUUUCUGGAGUAGCUGGAGUUGCUCUUCAUGCUCUGUGGCUGAAAGCUGAUGUCAAACAGGCUAUCGAUGCUCCUCGACUCCACAAUCAGUUACAGCCUAACCGAACUGAUUAUGAACCCAAUUUCCCAAAGCCUUACUUGGAAGCUCUGAAGGCUCGUGGUCAUACAAUGCACCCAGUGCACAACUUGACAGUUGUCACCGCAGUCGAAAGAGGAAAAGAUGGUCAGAUAUACGCGAACUCCGACUUCCGUAAAGGAGAAGAAAGUGCCUCUGCGGGUUAUUAA